CCUGAGCAACCGUUGUUUUCCAGUUUCACGCUCGUUCUUUAUCCUCUUCAUCAUCCUCCAUCCACAGUUUCUGCGCUAGUACUGUCCAUUCUCACAGUUUACCCAGAGCACUCUUUGGUUUGAUUUUUGCCGGAUUAGACCUUCUUUUAACGCCUCUCAUUGUCUCAGAACCUGGUCAGGUUCUACAUGCGGCUGGCUCGCUCUACGCUCAUUCAUAUAUCCACUAAAUCCCCCUUGUCCUUCUUAUUGUCUGACUUACUCGUUGAUCCCCAUUAUUAUCUCUCAGCACGAUGAGCGGUGGACCAGCAUGGAAACGAGAAAUUGUUCCAGAUCAUAAGUUCGACUUCAUCGACACCCGUGAGUUUACCGAUAAUGGGUUCCUCAUGCGCCUAAAAUAUCUUUGGCUUUAUAUCAUUAUCCUCAAAUCAUUUCUGGUCUACCUUUCCGAUAUCUUCACAGCUACGACCAUGUUGACAACUUCAACAUGGUCCAACCAGAUCUUUGACAACUGUCAGCAUCAAGAUGGUUGUUUUUAUAUCCCAUUUAAUGUUGGGAAAUGGCUGUUCGUAGGAUGUAUUAUUUUUGGCUUUCUCCUGCUGGCGUACGAAGCCCGGAAAUCAAAGAAAAUUAUCGCCAGUCGUGAUAUCUCUUACGCAUUCACGAACGUGAUGGCUAACAACUAUUACUCCCUCCGCUCGUACGAUCACUUCUGCUUCUUUGAUCAUAUCAGUAAUUCAACGAAGAAGAAAGAUGACUUUGCGUUCUUCAUCUUCUUUACGUUUAAGAGUUGGAAGCGUCUGUUACUGUCUGAUGGACCAAGACAAACGAUCAACGCUUUGACACUCUAUAGUAUCUACCUGGCGAAGAACGACAAGGGAUCUUGGUACGACAUCAGCAAGUACUUUGCAGGAAACAGUCUGUCAACCUCCGCCCUGACUGUCUCCACGUUCUUCACCUUCGUCAUCUUCGCUGGCUCGCUCUUACUGUUGAUUAUGGCUGGGAUAUUCUACAUUCCUUUGUUGUGCUACAUUCAAGGGAACCUCAAGGAGUACGUAUGUCACAAGGUCGACAAGCGAAUUGCAGAGGUGAUCAAGCGUAGAAACAAGGAGCGACUUGCAAGGGCUGCUGCGCUAGCGAAGAAGGAGGCUAUGGGAGAUUUCUCCCACUUGAAAAACAAGAAGGGCGAGAUGGUUGGGAAACCUUUACCACAGCCGACUCUUCCAAACCUCUCGGUUGAUGACGACGACGACGCUGGAUCUAUCUCCAAGCGUGGGGCAGGUGGUGCCUACAACCAGGAUUACUACUUUGACCAAAAAAGCAUAGCACCAAGUUAUCACACAAAUCCCGCCGGUGCUGACUAUACCGACUAUCCUCCAAUGCCGGCUUACAACACUGGGUAUUCACACCAGACUGCGGGGGCGUUCAACCAAUAUAGUUCGUCUACGGGGAACUACGAGCCACAGCACCAAACCUACGAAGAAGACUACGGCAGCACGGUUCAUCUUCAGGAAGGUGUUACUCUUGCUUACCAAACUGAUGAUCAAGGGCCGUACGAUCCAUAUGGGAGCUCGGGGGUGGCAGGGCGAUAUGUUGCAGACGCACAUGAUGUGUACCAAGGGAGAGCAAAUGCAGGAGCACGUUCGGCAUAUAAUGGUGCGAGUGGGCAGGCUUACGAUGUGCAGGACUAUCCUAGCCAGCAGUAUACGCACGCACAUAAUUAUGACUACACGGCAACGAACGGGGAUGGUUACCAUUAUCAAGGGUAUGGUGGUGCACAUGGGUCACAUGAGUAUGGACAUGCUUUGUAGUAAUAUAGUUACACAGUGCGACUUGGUCUUUUUUGCUUGUCUUCAAAUAAUUCCCUAUACUUCUACAAUUUUGGUUCAAGCCACGCUCGUCAGGGAUUGAACAUGACUA